AUGGCAGCAAGCGUCCACCUCCUCCGUGUCUUUGCCGCCGGUCCCAAUGGAGGCAAUCCUCUGCCUGUUGUCGUGGAUGCAACUGGCAUGUCAGAUACCGACAUGCAGGCCGUCGCCGCGACCUAUGGCCAUGAAAGUGGAUUCGUUCUUCCUGCUCCAGACAGCUCAGAAUGCGAUUUUGAAUUCCGCUUCUGGGUUCCUGAGCACGAGAUGGAAAUGUGCGGACAUGCUACCGUAGGGGCGGUUUGGCUGUUGGAAAACCUCAACCGACUGCAUAGAGACCAAGUCCGAAUUAUAACCAAGAGUGGUAUUGUCGAGGCGAGGAUCUUGAGGCAUCAAGGAGAGGUCUCGGUGGAGAUCUCGCAGCCGCUCGGUGUCGUCGAAACAGUGGAUGCCGGUGACCUUGACGAAUUGCUCCAUGUCUUGGGCAUUUCCAGACGUGAAUUGUCAUCUCUGUCCGUUCAGAACUCUAGGACAAGUCGAGUGAAAACGCUCGUUCCUCUGAGCUCUGUCGAUGCACUUAAUUCAUUGAAGCCGCAAUUCCAUCUGGUCAAGUCGCUCUGUGAACGCAUCGGCAGCACUGGUCUGUAUCCAUACGCGGUGUGCGAUUCAGCGGCGCAGAUCUUGGAGGCGAGGCAAUUUCCUAAAUCCUCUGGGUAUCAGGAGGAUGCUGCCACGGGAAUUGCAGCCUCUGCGUUGGCAUUUGGGGUUCUGGAAAAUGGUCUUUUGAAUGAUCCACAGCGAGGGUUGAAAGUCAGACAAGGCUGGGCGAUGGGACAUCCAUCGGAAAUUGCUGUGAAGUUUAGGAAACAGAACGACUCGGUUCAGGGCUGUUGGAUCGGCGGGACUACGUUGCUUGAUACUGGCGUUGAAUAA